UAUUAAAAUAUUUGUGGAACCGGUUCUCUGUUUACCAGACGCACUCCUGUCAAUAUUAUAACCAGAGUACCUGAUGCAUGCUCACUAACUCAUCCUAACGGCACCAACACAUUGAUAUAAGUAUUUAUUUUGUCCAAUAUCACACUCCAUAUAAUAUUAUCUGGAUAGAGUACUGCAUUAUUUUAACGGCUACGUAGUGCUUCCGAUACGCAACAACCUGGCUGCGAUUCAUAAUGGACCAGGGGCGAAAAUAUGAUCCCGCAGAAAAUCCUGUGCAGCGGCUUUUCAUGGUUAUCGGGCUUGCCAUUUUGAGCUGCGGUUUGAUCACUUUUAUUAAAUGGUUGUUUGUUCGUGCUCCUAGUGAGCGACCAGUUAGACUGUUCUGGGAUGUGGAAAAUGCACGAUGUAUGAUCCCCAAACGUGCCAGCUUUGAACGAUGUGUGGAUUAUCUACGCCAGAUCGCUUCGCUCCACGGAGUUGAUUUGCAGGAAGAAUACGGCAUCAAAAUCAUUUGUGGUGGUUUCGAUGAUAACAUCCGGUGCUCACAGAGCAUGUGUAUUCAUGCUGCUAAGGUCUGCGAUUCAGAAACCCUGAAAAUAUGGAAAGCCGGCAGCACUCUUCCUACUAGAAUCAAAGGUGUCAUGAUACAGUGUGGCUGGGAUGGAAAAAUCGUCUAUGAAAAGAAUAAGGCAGAUAAGAUGAUCCUGAAGCAACUUGACGAUGUCCUCCUCUCGUCGGAGAAGGUGACAGUUAUCGUCGUAUCAGUUGACUACCGGUUGCGUCAACGAGCUCUCAGAGCUCCCAUGAAUCCCUCCAAGCAGAGCGUUGUUUUACAUCCAGAGUUUGAUUCGCAAGACGGAGUUUGGCCAGUUGAGUUCUAUGAGCGGUCUGCACGAAACUGAUUUAAAACUGAAUGCAGGCAAUGAAUUCAAGUCUGCCUGGUUGGAUCAUGUGCAGAGGACCAUCAUAUAAAAUGUUCCGAUAGUGCGGUUUUGGCGUCAAUACCAUAUAUACAUACCGUGGCGUCGUUAUUUGUUUGUGUUCUAAGUUCUAACACUACAGUGACUACACGUAGGUUUGCCUAAAUAAACUUGUAUCCAUGAAACUUAACUAGGAAAGUGCACUCGCUUUCGGCGGGCACUGUAUGACCGAAGCGUAGGAGUAAAUUUAUAAA